AUGCCUCGCCGCUACCCACAAAGAGUUGUUUCUUUUCUUUCUUUCUUUCUUUCUUUCUUUAUUUAUUUUUUCUUUCUUUCUUUCUUUCUUUAUUUAUUUAUUUAUUUAUUUUCCUCUCCUUUUUCUAUUUCUUUUUUUCUUUCUUUCAUCUCUUUUUCUAUUGUUUCUUUCUUCUUUCUUUCAUCUCUUUUUUCUAUUUCUUUCCUUCUUUCUUUCUUUCUUUAUUCACUGUUUUUUUCCUUUGACUUACUUAUUUCUUUAGUUCUUUCUUUAUUUCUUCUUUGUUUUCUUCCUUUCCUUAAUUCUGAUUCUUUCUCGCUUUCUUUCUUUCGUUCCUUUUCUCUUUUUCUUUCUUUCUUACUUUUACACUUUCUCUCUCGCUCUCUUUUUUUCUUUCUUUCUUUUUAUGUUCCGUUUCUUUCUUUCUUUUUAUGUUCCUUUUCUUUCUUUCUUUCUUUUUAUGUUCCGUUUCUUUCUUUCUUUCUUUUUAUGUUCCCUUUCUUUCUUUUUAUGGUCCCUUUCUUUCUUUCUUUUUAUGUUCCCUUUCUUUCUUUCUUUUUAUGUUCCUUUUCUUUCUUUCUUUCUUUUUAUGUUCCCUUUCUUUCUUUUUAUGUUCCCUUUCUUUCUUUCUUUUUAUAUUCCCUUUCUUACUUUCUUUCUUUUUAUGUUCCGUUUUUUUCUUUCUUUUUUUUAUGUUCCGUUUCUUUUCUUUCUUUUUUAUGUUCCGUUUCUUUCUUUCUUUUUUAUGUUCCGUUUCUUUCUUUCUUUCUUUUUAUGUUCCCUUUCUUUCUUUCUUUUUAUGUUCCCUUUCUUUCUUUCUUUCUUUUUAUGUUCCCUUUCUUUCUUUCUUUUUAUGUUCCCUUUCUUUCUUUCUUUUUAUGUUCCCUUUAUUUCUUUCUUUCUUUUUAUAUUCCCUUUCUUACUUUCUUUCUUUUUAUGUUCCGUUUCUUUCUUUCUUUUUAUGUUCCCUUUCUUUCUUUCUUUUUAUGUUCCCUUUCUUUCUUUCUUUUUAUGUUCCGUUUCUUUCUUUCUUUCUUUUUAUGUUCCCUUUCUUUCUUUCUUUCUUUCUUUUUAUGUUCCCUUUCUUUCUUUCUUUUUAUGUUCCCUUUCUUUCUUUCUUUCUUUCUUUCUUUCUUUCUUUCUUUCUUUUUAUAUUCCGUUUCUUACUUUCUUUCUUUUUAUGUUCCGUUUCUUUCUUUCUUUUUAUGUUCCGUUUCUUUCUUUCUUUGA